GACAGUGCAACAGAGCCUCCAGCCAGCUCCUGUGCUCCAGACUUCAGCUACACUUCUGAUCAACGCCAUGGCCCCAGUCACCAGGCCACUCCUCCGUGCAGCGCUGCUUUUGCUGCUGCUGUUGCUGGCCACCAGCCACCAGGCUACAGGGUCAAUUGUGGCCACUGAGCUGCGCUGUCAGUGCCUGAAGACCCUACCAAGGAUUGAUUUUGAGGACAUCCAGAGCUUGAAGGUGACGCCUCCAGGACCCCACUGCACCCAGACGGAAGUCAUUGCCACUCUCAAGGAUGGUCAAGAAGUUUGUCUCGACCCUGAAGGCCCUAGGCUUCAGAAGAUUAUCCAAAAGAUACUGAAGAAGGCCAAGUCCAGCUGAGGCAGGAAAGGAGGAAGCCCUGGUCCUGAUGGAGGACCUGUCUUCUAAAGCAGAGGAAAAAAGUGAUCCUGCCUAAGGCCAUCGAGAUGAGCCUCUCCUGUUUGCUUUGAACAACUCUCGAGAGUCCAUAUUUAUUUAUUUUCCCCAAAUUCUAUGUUAAUAUUUUAUAUGUAAAAUAACUAAGGGUAUAGUUGAAACUGCUUGCAAGAUGCCAUUGAAUUUACUGUUUAUUUAAUAUAAAAUCUGAGAUGAAUAAAUCCUCAUUCUUAAUUGGAAGGUUAAAGGUUUCCCUCUUCUCGCAGGGAAUUAUAUUAAUAUUUCUGAGGCAGCCAUUCCAUGCUGACCAUGGUGUUGGUAGCUGGGGUAGUGAAUGGGCAAAGGAGGUCAUUUUAAUGUAGGGCGAAUAUAUGUGCACAUCUACUUUGUACCGGUGAAAGACUAUCAGUUGUUAUUUAUUGAAGUGUUUUACAGCAUUAGAGUGAGUGAUCAAUUUGUGUUGAAGCUUUGAGAACUGUAAUUUCUGUAUAUGCCUUAGACAUUUUAAGUGAUUUCUGUAAGACACAAUGCCUUUUUAAUGCAUCUAUGUCUUAGAACUGAGAAGUUUAAAUAUUUAUUGGUAUUUUUUUCUUUUUUUGUUUUUUUGAGACAGAGUUUCUCUGUGUAGCUUUGGAGCCUAUCCUGGCACUCCCUCUGGAGACCAGGCUGGCCUCAAACUCACAGAGAUCAGCCUGCCUCUGCCUCCUGAGUGCUGGGAUUAAAGGUGUGCACCACCAACGCCGGUAUUUAUUGGUAUUUUUACAAAAAAUUUGGAAAUAAAAUAUUUAAA